AUGAAGUUGAACACCGUUGCGGUCAGCUUGGCUACGGCCUCCCUGGUGGCUGCCCAGCACCACCACCAGCACCGUCACCACCACAAGCGCAACCCUGAAUCCGAAGUGGUUACCGUCACUGGUCCUACCGUUGUCACUUAUGUCCUUGACGGCAAGACCAUCACUCUUGACGAAGUGUGCAAGGGUAUCGUCGACGGCACCUUGACCUGGGCCUCUGGUCAGGAGGUCCCGGAUGUCUGCAGCAGCACUAGCUCCUCUACUUCCGCCUCGACUGCCACCUCUACCACUGCGGCUCCUGCCCUCAGCUCUGUUGCCGAAUUCGUUGAAAUCGCUGUUGCUAAGACUACUUCCUCCAGCAGCUCCAAGAGCUCCAGCAGCGCUGCUCACUCGUCCACCGCCGCUGCCUCUAGCUCGGCUUCCAGCUCCAGCUCCUCUACUGCCACCGGAUUGGAUGCAGACUUCCCCGAUGGAGAAUUGGACUGCGAUACCUUCCCCUCUGAAUACGGUGCCAUUGCCCUCGACUACCUCGGACUUGGCGGCUGGUCUGGUAUCCAGUACGUGACUGUCUCUGGAAACUCCGUUACCGACAUCGUCACUGGUGUUUCUGGCGAUAGCUGCACCAACGGUGCCAUGUGCUCUUACGCCUGUCCCGCGGGCUACCAGAAGUCCCAGUGGCCCCUAACUCAGGGAUCUACCGGACAGUCUGUUGGUGGCAUCCAGUGCAAGAACGGCAAGCUCUACCUUACCAACACCAGCCUGUCCAAGAAGCUUUGCAUUGAGGGUGCUGGCGGUGUCCACGUCCAGAACACUCUCGGUGAGAGCGUUGCUGUUUGCCGUACUGACUACCCCGGUACCGAGUCUGAGACCAUUCCCCUUCACCUCGGUGACAACACCCUCCAGCCCUUGACUUGCCCUGACGGCCAGAACUACUACAAGUGGCAGGGCAAGGUUACCUCUGCUCAGUACUACGUGAACCCCAAGGGUGUUUCCACCGAGAAGGGCUGCCAGUGGGGUAACGGCUCCGAGGCUAUCGGUAACUGGGCCCCUAUCAACCUUGGUGUCGGUGUCAACAACGGCAAGUGGCUUUCCAUCUUCCAGAACAGCCCGACCACCACCGAGAAGCUUGACUACAAUGUGAAGAUCGUGGGUGACAACCUGAGCGGCACCUGCAAGUACGAGAACGGCAAAUUCUAUUCCGAGUCUGGCUCCAACGACUCCGGCUGCACUGUCGAGGUCGUCUCCGGCUCCGCCACCUAUGUCUUCUACUAG